ACUAUUUUUUUAAAAAAAAUGGUUCAUAAUUUGGUCAAGCAAGAAUCCCUCCAAUAUUUAAAUGCAAACUCACUCUCCAAUCUCUUACAUUCCUCCCAACAACAAACAAUUACCACAAUGUAUAGUCUCUCAAGAGAAAGAACUAAAUUGCUACUCACACUACUGCCCAUUUCACUAAUUCUUCUCUUCAUCAUCUUACUACCAAAAUCUCCCAUCAAAAACAGCAAACAAAUCCCACAUUUACACAUCCAAAAACACUACCAAGUUGCACACUCAGCAUGCCAUGGAACAUUAUACCCAAACCUCUGCGUUUCAACUCUCUCAUCUCUCCCAGAUCUCACUUACAAAUCAUUACCAGAACUCAUCUCCUCCACCAUAAGCAAGACAAUAUACGAGGUUAAAGUCUCCGCAUCCAACUGUAGCAGAAUCAAGAAAAAGUUCAAAAAGCUUCACAGAAUCGAUGAAGUGGCAAUCGAUGAUUGCUUGGAACUCUUCGGAGAAACCAUUGAUGAGCUUAGUAAAGCAAUGUCUGAUCUCUCUUCCAAGAAAUCAGUUUCCAAACAUGUCCAUGAUUUGCAGACGCUGUUGAGUGGAGCCAUGACUAAUCAGUACACGUGUCUUGAUGGGUUUGCUCGUAGUAAAGGAAAGGUGAGGGAAUUAAUCAAGAAAAGCUUGAUUAAUAUCUCUCGUCAUGUUAGUAACUCGUUGGCCAUGCUCAAGAAAAUUCCUGGUUUUAAUAGUUCUAGAGAAUACGAGGUUUUGCCGUCGUGGUUGUCGCGGAAAGAUGUGGUGCAAUUACAGGCUCCGUUGAAUGCGACGAGAUUUGAUUUAAUUGUCGCUAAAGAUGGAAGUGGAAAUUUUACUAACAUUACCGACGCUGUAGCUGCAGCUCCCAAGUCUAGCGCGACGAGGUUUGUGAUAUAUAUUAAGGCCGGAGCGUAUUUUGAGAAUGUAGAAGUGGAGAAAAAGAAGACGAAUUUGAUGUUCAUCGGAGACGGGAUAGGGAAGACGGUGGUUAAAGCUAAUAGAAGUGUGGUGGGUGGAUGGACUACUUUCCGCUCUGCUACUGUCGCUGUGGUGGGGAAAGGAUUUGUAGCAAAAGGAAUAACAUUUGAGAACUCAGCAGGCCCAAGCAUGCACCAAGCAGUAGCCUUACGGAGCGGUUCAGAUCUCUCGGCAUUUUACCAAUGCAGCUUCGUAGGCUACCAAGACACCCUCUACGUACAUUCCCUCCGACAAUUUUACAGCGAAUGCGACAUUUACGGAACUGUAGACUUCAUUUUCGGUAAUGCAGCCGUAGUAUUCCAAAACUGCAGCCUAUAUGCUCGUAAACCAAACCCGAAUCAGAAAAACAUAUUCACCGCUCAAGGUAGAGAAGACCCGAAUCAGAAUACUGGUAUUUCUAUCAUGAACAGCAAAAUUACGGCUGCUUCGGAUUUAAUUCCGGUGAAAAAAGCAUUCAAGACAUUUCUUGGUAGACCGUGGAAAGAGUAUUCUCGGACAGUUAUUGUCGGAUGUUACAUUGAUGACGCGGUAGAGCCUGUUGGGUGGUUGGAGUGGAAUGCGACGUUUGCAUUGAGUACGCUUUAUUACGGCGAGUAUAUGAACCGCGGUCCGGGAUCCAAUACGAGCAGUAGAGUUAGCUCAUGGCCUGGUUAUAGAGUUAUUAAUAGCUCAACUGAAGCUCAUCAGUUUACAGUUGAACCAUUUAUUCAAGGAAGGGAGUGGCUUAAUGAUACCGGCGUUCCUUACUUUAUUGGUUUGAAUUAAUUGACAUUAUUUACAUUUUUUAAUUUAGUGGAUUUUUCUUGUUAAAUUAUUUACUUUCUCUAUUCUAAUAGGAUUGUUCAUUUUAUCAUUAUCACACGAAAAUACAUUAAUAUUAUUGAA